AUGGACUCGAUCUUCGGCAUCGUGGGUAAGGACUUCGUGCUGCUGGCAGCAGACUGCAAGGUGGUGCGCAGUAUCCUCGUGUAUAAGGACGAUGAAGACAAGUCUAUCAACCUGGACGAGCACAAGGUGAUGGUCACAUCGGGCCCGCAGAGCGACCGCUUGGCCUUUGGCGAGUACAUUCAGAAGAACAUGAAGCUCUACGAGCUGCGCAACGGUGUGACGCUCAACGGCCCGGCCACCGCCAACUACGUGCGUGGCGAACUGGCGCGCUUCCUGCGCCGCGCUCCGUACCAGGUGAACCUGCUGAUUGGCGCUGUAGACGCCUCGCCCGAGCAGAAGGCUGAGCCCAGUCUACACUGGAUCGACUAUUUGGGCUCCAUGGUCAAGGUGAACUUUGGCGCGCACGGCUACGGCGCACACUUCUGUCUGUCGAUCUUCGACCGCGAAUGGAAGCCUGACAUGACGCUGGAUGAGGCCAAGGAGACUCUUAAGAAGUGCCGUGCAGAGCUCGACAUGCGCUUCCUCGUGCGCAACGGCCAGUGGGCGUACACGUUGAUUGACGCGGGUGGUAUUUCGCAGGUUAAGGUCGAGUAG